AUGGCAGCCUCCACUGGCAGUCAAAAAUUUGCUGGAAAAAGAAUCUUAGUUUACAUACAAAGUAUAGCCCAAAACAAGUUGAAUCAAGCGCAGUUUACAGAAUCUAUCUUCAACCACUUUACGUGUGAGGGGAAUAUCACUGAUGUGUGUGCCAGACUUCAUGAAAACAGACUUGUGGUAUCGGAACCAGUAAAAAAAGAUGAUGAAUAUGUCAGAUUGAGGAGACCAUCCUUUUGUCCAAUCCACUGUAUGAGACAAGAAGAAAGAAAUGAAUUGCCUGAUAGUGUUCUAAAUCGAGGGGUUGACACUGGUGCCGCUGUUCUUCUGGAGAGCUGUGACGGUAAAAUCUUAUUGACUCGGAGAGCAAAGCACUUGAGGAUAUUUCCUGGCACUUGGGUGCCUCCAGGUGGUCACCUUGAGUUAAAUGAAUCGAUCAGUGAAGCUGGGCUCAGGGAAUUGGAGGAAGAGACUGGUUUGAAGGUGACUAAUGAUAUUUGUUCCAUGGGAAAAGUGCCUAUCAUUGGACUCUGGGAGUCAUCUUACCCCUACAGACUCUCCAGAGGUCUCCCUACCCGACACCAUAUUGUCAUCUAUCUCCAUGCCAAACUAAUUGCCCCAUUUACGGCAGAAAAGAUGAACACAUUUCUGCACCCUAGUCGUGAUGAAACUGAUGCAGCAGCUUGGCUGGAUCGGGAUGUGAUCAAAGCUAUUGUAGAGACUGAUGAAGAGAGUGGAAAAGAUGCUUCGCAGGAUAUAUUGUCCAAGUUACCAAAUACAUUCAGGGCAACUGUUGUAGAUGAGAGUAACACUUAUCAAGUGAAGGACUUGCCACUCCUUCCACUGUUGAAUAAAGCACCAGACACUGGAGAUGAUAUUGAAAGAGUCAGUACUGGUACGAAAUUCGCUUUAGGAGAAUGGCUCAGGAUUACCAGCAGGAUUUCUUGAAGUUGGCUUGGACUUAUUACAAGUCUCAAAAGUCUUGCUUAACUCUUUUGCUGCAGGUGACGUGCAUAGCACUUCAUUCACAUGUCUCCGUGACAUGGAAAUGACAUGCACUACCAUAAUUUCAAUUCAUUUGCCCUUCUGAACAGCCUCCCUAAAGCACUGUUCAGCACAGCUGUCCACUGCUAUGCAUGGGCUGGUGCAGCCUGAAAAGUGGCUUCUGCAACAAAAGGUUUAAUGAGUUAUGAGACUCCCAUUGGGCUGAUAACCUUAUGAAUAUGCUGGAGAACUACUAGAACAACAAGUAUCGAAUACCUCCACAUGAUCAAUAUGUGUUAAGCUGGACUUGCAAUUCAUUCAAUAUACAGUUUCAUAACAAUUGUGGGAUAACUUUUGUGGAGUGAUAAAACUAAACAUGUAAGAGCUCCUCAGCUUUAGCUGAGAACUCCAAGACCAUCUGUGAUAAGGUUGAAACUAUACCACUUUACAAGUCUCUAUGGUUACCUUUAUUUAUUUUUGAAGUCAUGUAAAUAAAUCAUGUGCUAU